AGAUGAGGAGAUAGGCGGGAGCGAGGGAGGGAGCGAAGGAGGUAGAGAAGAUCGGAGGAGAGGGGAGGGAGCGCAGCUUGGUUGCUCCGUAGUACGGCGGCUCGCGAGGGAGAAUCCCGAGCGGGCUUCGGGACGUACGGAGAGGCGGGCGGGCGGGGAUGGUGUGCAGGGCUGCGGCUCCUGCGUUCCCUCCCGCUGCGAGUGAGCUGUACUGAUUUGUCCCUGGGGCGGCAGCGUGGACCCGCCUGGAGAUGAGGCGUCGAUUAGCAAGGUGAAAGUAACAGAACCAUGGCUCAGUUUCCAACACCUUUUGGUGGUAGCCUGGAUAUUUGGGCCAUAACUGUAGAGGAAAGAGCAAAGCAUGAUCAACAGUUCCAUAGUUUAAAGCCAAUAUCUGGAUUUAUUACUGGUGAUCAAGCUAGAAACUUUUUUUUUCAAUCUGGGUUACCUCAACCUGUUUUAGCACAGAUAUGGGCGCUUGCUGAUAUGAAUAAUGAUGGAAGAAUGGAUCCAGUGGAGUUUUCCAUAGCUAUGAAACUCAUCAAACUGAAGCUACAAGGCUAUCAGCUCCCCGCCGCACUUCCCCCUGUCAUGAAACAGCAACCACUUGCUAUUUCUAGUGCACCAGCCUUUGGUAUGGGCGGUAUCGCCAGCAUGCCACCGCUGACCGCUGUUGCUCCAGUGCCAAUGGGUUCCAUUCCCGUUGUCGGAAUGUCUCCCCCGCUAGUAUCCUCCGUUCCUGCAGCAGGAGUGCCUCCUCUGGCUAACGGGACGCCCCCUGUCAUACAGCCUCUGCCUGCAUUCGCUCAUCCUGCAGCCACAUUGCCAAAGAGUUCUUCCUUUAGUAGAUCUGGUCCAGGGUCACAGUUAAACACUAAAUUACAGAAGGCACAAUCAUUUGAUGUGGCUAGUGUUCCUCCGGCAGCUGAAUGGGCUGUUCCUCAGCCAUCCAGACUGAAAUACAGACAGUUAUUCAACAGUCACGACAAAACCAUGAGUGGACACUUAACAGGUCCCCAAGCAAGAACUAUUCUUAUGCAGUCAAGUUUACCACAGGCUCAGCUGGCUUCAAUAUGGAAUCUUUCUGACAUUGAUCAAGAUGGAAAACUCACAGCAGAAGAAUUUAUCCUGGCUAUGCACCUAAUUGAUGUAGCUAUGUCUGGCCAACCACUGCCACCGGUCCUGCCCCCAGAAUACAUUCCACCUUCCUUUAGAAGAGUUCGAUCUGGCAGUGGUAUAUCUGUCAUAAGCUCAACUUCGGUAGAUCAGAGGUUACCAGAGGAACCAGUUUUAGAAGAUGAACAGCAACAACUAGAAAAGAAAUUACCUGUAACCUUUGAAGAUAAGAAGCGUGAGAACUUUGAACGUGGCAAUCUGGAGCUGGAGAAACGGAGGCAAGCGCUCUUGGAGCAGCAGCGCAAAGAACAAGAGCGCCUGGCCCAGCUGGAGAGGGCGGAGCAGGAGAGGAAGGAGCGCGAGCGCCAGGAGCAGGAGCGCAAGAGACAACUGGAGCUGGAGAAGCAGCUGGAGAAGCAGCGGGAGCUAGAACGUCAGAGGGAGGAGGAGCGGAGGAAGGAAAUCGAGAGGCGAGAGGCUGCAAAACGGGAGCUUGAAAGGCAACGACAGCUUGAAUGGGAACGGAAUCGAAGACAAGAACUAUUAAAUCAAAGAAACAAAGAACAAGAGGACAUAGUUGUGCUGAAAGCAAAGAAAAAGACUUUGGAAUUUGAAUUAGAAGCUCUAAAUGAUAAGAAGCAUCAACUAGAAGGAAAACUUCAAGAUAUCAGAUGUCGAUUGACAACCCAAAGGCAAGAAAUUGAGAGCACAAACAAAUCUAGAGAGUUGAGAAUUGCUGAAAUCACCCACCUACAACAACAAUUACAGGAGUCUCAGCAAAUGCUUGGAAGACUUAUUCCAGAAAAACAGAUACUCAAUGACCAAUUAAAACAAGUUCAGCAGAACAGUUUGCACAGAGAUUCACUUCUUACACUCAAAAGAGCCUUAGAAGCAAAAGAACUAGCUCGGCAGCAGCUACGAGACCAACUGGAUGAAGUGGAGAAAGAAACUAGAUCAAAACUACAGGAGAUUGAUAUUUUCAAUAAUCAACUGAAGGAACUAAGAGAAAUACAUAAUAAGCAGCAGCUACAGAAACAGAAGUCCAUAGAGGCUGAACGACUGAAACAGAAAGAACAAGAGCGAAAGAUCAUAGAAUUAGAAAAACAAAAAGGAGAAGCUCAAAGACGAGCUCAGGAAAGGGGCCAGCAGUGGCUGGAGCACGUGCAACAAGAAGAUGAGCAUCAGCGGCCAAGAAAACCCCACGAGGAGGAAAAGCUCAAAAGGGAAGAGAGUGUCAAAAAGAAGGACAGUGAGGAAAAGGGCAAACAGGAAAUGCAAGACAAGCUGAGUCGGCUUUUCCUUCAACAACAAGAGCCAGCUAAGCCAGCUGUCCAAGCACCCUGGUCCACCGCAGAAAAAGGCCCACUGAGCAUUUCUACACAGGAGAAUGUAAAAGUGGUGUAUUACCGAGCACUCUAUCCCUUUGAGUCCAGAAGUCACGAUGAAAUCACGAUCCAGCCAGGAGAUAUAGUCAUGGUGGAUGAAAGCCAAACUGGAGAACCGGGUUGGCUUGGAGGAGAAUUAAAAGGAAAGACAGGAUGGUUCCCUGCAAACUACGCAGAGAAAAUCCCAGAAAACGAGGUUCCUGCCCCAGUCAAACCAGUGACUGAUGCUGCCUCCACCCUUGCACCCAAACUGGCUGUACGUGAGACCCCGACUCCUUCCGCAGUGACCUCUGCAGAGCCCUCCGCGACCCCCAACAACUGGGCCGACUUCAGCUCCACGUGGCCCACCAGCACGAAUGAGAAACCAGAAACCGACAAUUGGGAUGCGUGGGCAGCCCAGCCCUCCCUCACCGUUCCGAGCGCCGGGCAAUUGAGACAGAGAUCAGCCUUCACUCCAGCCACAGCCACGGGCUCCUCUCCAUCUCCUGUUUUAGGCCAGGGCGAAAAGGUGGAGGGGCUACAGGCACAAGCCCUGUAUCCUUGGAGAGCCAAAAAAGACAACCAUUUAAAUUUUAACAAAAAUGAUGUCAUCACCGUCCUGGAGCAGCAAGACAUGUGGUGGUUUGGAGAAGUUCAAGGCCAGAAGGGUUGGUUCCCCAAGUCCUACGUGAAGCUCAUUUCAGGGCCCAUAAGGAAAUCUACGAGCAUGGAUUCUGGUUCUUCAGAAAGUCCUGCUAGUCUAAAGAGAGUAGCUUCCCCAGCAGCCAAGCCGGCCGUGUCAGGAGAAGAAUUUAUUGCCAUGUACACUUACGAGAGUUCUGAGCAAGGCGAUUUAACCUUUCAGCAAGGGGAUGUGAUUUUGGUUACCAAGAAAGAUGGUGACUGGUGGACGGGAACAGUGGGCGACAAGUCCGGAGUCUUCCCUUCUAACUAUGUGAGGCUUAAAGAUUCAGAGGGCUCUGGAACUGCUGGGAAAACAGGGAGUUUAGGAAAAAAACCUGAAAUUGCCCAGGUUAUUGCCUCCUACACUGCUACCGGUCCCGAGCAGCUCACCCUGGCCCCUGGUCAGCUGAUUUUGAUCCGAAAAAAGAACCCAGGUGGAUGGUGGGAAGGAGAGCUGCAAGCACGUGGGAAAAAGCGCCAGAUAGGCUGGUUCCCUGCUAACUAUGUCAAACUUUUAAGCCCUGGGACGAGCAAAAUCACUCCAACAGAGCCACCGAAGCCCGCAGCAUUCCCAGCAGUGUGCCAGGUGAUCGGGAUGUACGAUUACACCGCGCAGAAUGACGACGAGCUGGCCUUCAACAAGGGCCAGAUCAUCAACGUCCUCAACAAGGAGGACCCCGACUGGUGGAAAGGAGAAGUCCACGGGCAAGUGGGGCUCUUCCCGUCCAAUUACGUGAAGCUGACCACAGACAUGGACCCCAGCCAGCAAUGGUGUUCAGACUUACACCUCUUGGAUAUGUUGACCCCAACUGAGAGAAAGCGACAGGGGUACAUCCACGAGCUCAUUGUCACGGAGGAGAACUAUGUGAAUGACCUGCAACUGGUCACAGAGAUCUUUCAGAAACCCCUGAUGGAGUCUGAGCUGCUGACAGAAAAGGAGGGUGCUAUGAUUUUUGUUAACUGGAAGGACCUGAUUAUGUGUAAUAUCAAACUGCUGAAAGCACUGAGAGUUCGCAAGAAGAUGUCUGGGGAGAAGAUGCCUGUGAAGAUGAUCGGGGACAUCCUGACCGCCCAGCUGCCACACAUGCAACCCUACAUCCGCUUCUGCAGCUGCCAGCUCAACGGGGCUGCCUUGAUCCAGCAGAAGACAGAUGAGGCCCCCGACUUCAAGGAGUUUGUCAAAAGACUGGCCAUGGACCCUCGCUGUAAGGGAAUGCCACUCUCUAGUUUUAUACUGAAGCCUAUGCAACGGGUAACGAGAUACCCACUGAUCAUUAAAAAUAUCCUGGAAAACACUCCUGAAAACCACCCAGACCACAGCCACUUGAAGCAUGCCCUGGAGAAGGCAGAGGAGCUGUGCUCCCAGGUGAACGAAGGGGUGCGGGAGAAGGAGAACUCGGACCGGCUGGAGUGGAUCCAGGCCCAUGUGCAGUGUGAAGGCCUGUCUGAGCAACUUGUGUUCAAUUCAGUGACCAAUUGCUUGGGGCCACGCAAGUUUCUGCACAGUGGGAAACUCUACAAGGCCAAGAGCAACAAGGAGCUGUAUGGCUUCCUCUUCAACGACUUCCUCCUGCUGACCCAAAUCAUAAAGCCCCUGGGCUCUUCGGGCACCGACAAAGUCUUCAGCCCCAAAUCAAACCUGCAGUAUAAAAUGUACAAAACCCCUAUUUUCCUAAAUGAGGUUCUAGUAAAAUUACCCACUGACCCUUCCGGGGAUGAACCCAUCUUCCACAUUUCCCACAUUGAUCGAGUCUACACCCUCCGAGCAGAAAGCAUAAACGAAAGGACUGCCUGGGUGCAGAAAAUCAAAGCUGCUUCUGAACUCUACAUAGAGACGGAGAAGAAGAAGCGGGAGAAGGCGUACCUGGUCCGUUCCCAAAGGGCCACAGGCAUUGGAAGGUUGAUGGUGAACGUGGUUGAGGGCAUUGAACUGAAACCCUGUCGGUCACACGGAAAGAGUAACCCGUACUGCGAGGUGACCAUGGGCUCCCAGUGUCACAUCACCAAGACAAUCCAGGACACUCUGAAUCCCAAGUGGAAUUCCAACUGCCAGUUCUUCAUCAAAGACCUGGAGCAGGAGGUCCUCUGCAUCACCGUGUUUGAGAGGGACCAGUUCUCUCCAGACGAUUUUUUGGGUCGGACGGAGAUCCGCGUGUCUGACAUCAAGAAGGACCAGGGUUCCAAGGGUCCAGUUACGAAGUGUCUCCUGCUGCAUGAAGUUCCCACGGGAGAGAUCGUGGUCCGCUUGGACCUGCAGUUGUUUGAUGAGCCUUAGGGAGCCGGCCCAGGGUGUGCUUGGCAGAGUUCCGGCCUGAGGCAGCAGAUGCUGUCUGGAAAUGGUGUUGCUUUUCGAGGACCACCGUUUGGUGUUCAGCCACAGGGCAACAGGACAGCAGAGACAGGACCCUCAAAGCUUCUGGGAAUACUUCUUGACAAUCCUUCCCCCUAAACAAUUUCCCAUUGUGUGAAGCAAAACUGUGUUUUCCUUUGUUUUCACUGCAGGGCUCAUCAUGGCUUCCAGGGUCUUUGAAAUCCCAUCGCCCCCAGCUACGUUCGGUUGGGAGUCUGGCCCAUCCCUGGGCCUGAGGCUUGGGUCUGGUUACUGUAAAAUAGAUUUAUAAAUGCCAUGUCUGUAUUUUUGGAGAGCUCAUGUAAUCCUCCUGUUUCUUACCUCCACCAGCCUCCAGGUAGGCCCCCUGACCUAUGAUGCCGAGUCCUUGGUGUGUUUAGAAAUAAUCAUGAUGAUCUUGUCAUUGCUUCAGAAUCUCAUUCUCCCACUGGGACCUCAUUUGAAAUGCUCCCCUGCAUCUGAUCACUCGGGAGAUGGUCUCCUGAUCAGACACUGGUCUAGCUCUUUGAAGAGCUGGUCCAUGGAAGAUUCCAGCAGUUGUGUUGUUAGAGCUUUUCCAGUCUCCUCCAGGUCUUUUAUUGCUAGAUGUCAAUGAAAACUAUCACUGCCUACUAUCAGGUGAUCUGAUUCUGAUUUCCAGCAUGCUUGGAAGGUGGUUAAGGAAGGUUGUUACCUACCAAGUUAUACUCUGCUGGAUUAGAUCACUGCAGGUCACCUGAAAGGCUACUUUCCGACAUUAUGGGGUCCUGGUUGCCAGCCCGGUUGGAAAAUUCUCUCUUGGCUUGGAGGUCCUGUGAUGUUUCACAAGAGUAGUUGUUGGUGACCAGAUCUGAGCCUACUCUUGCCUGAUUAUCAUGGGAAAUUUCCGCAGAUGUCUUUGGUACGUUCCCCCCAAAGGCAUCCCCAAAGUGUGAGAAGGAAAAGUGACAAUCUGUGGAGGAAAUCUAUUACAUGGUGGGGGAGAGACCCGAGAAGCAUGCAAGCCCCUCAAUUCCAGGGAAGAAGACCUGAGACUCUUUCCCAAACCCCACCGUACACAAGCAACCUCUCAGUAAUGGAAAAAUACAUGGCGCGUUGACAGAGUCAGGAGUGUAUGAACACGUGCCAAGUCUGGCUUGUGCUCUUUGAGUUUCUCUCCUUAAAUGCCACGAGAUAGGCUGCUUAACCACAUGAGAACUUGAUUCGCUAAUGAAAAGCGUGGGCCGUAUUUUGUUUGCAUGAUAAUGUUCUCAUAAUCCCAGUUUGUCGUUUUCAUGUAAUGUUCUUUGCGCGUUCUCUCGGUCCUGAAAUCUAGCUUUCCUGUGUGAGACAGUGUUCUCUUUGAUUGCAGGUCCUUAGAAUUUAAUUAGGGUUGUAGAAACACUUUCUGAAGAUAGCAUCAACCUAGUGGCAGAGUGAACUACCCACUUUGCUGGGAACUGAAUAUGUCAUGUCAUUCUUUCCCAUAAGAGCCCUGUCAUUGUUCAAGCGAUUUUUAAAAUGUGUGUGUCAGAAAAGGCAACAAAGUUUACAUUUCAUACUUUUAAGAAACACUCUAUUAUUUAUUUAUUAAAGAUAGUGUAGUCUUUUGUAUCAAGAACAACAGACUUAAGUAUUUUUUGAAGCAAGCAGAUAUACCCUUCAGUUAGAAACUCUCCACUGAAGACCUUAGAGACCAGGUUCAACUUCAAGCAUGCAUUCGUUUACCACUUUCCAGCAGCAGACAUGGUUCAAAUACUUUAAGUUUAUAUUUUUUGAUGUUGUUAGGAAACUGUUUUAAAUUAAAUCUACGAAUAGACCUACCAAUCAUGCUUUCCUAUUUCUAUAACAAAUACAGUUUGUUCAGUGUACUUCUGAAGAAGGACAUGUUACUAUCGUAGAAAAAGAAGGGUUACCUGUGUAAAUGGGGUCAUAUUGGGUCACCAUUCCAAUCCCUUUCUUUCUGUUCUCCCUUUUCUUCAUCGGCUUUCUUUGCAUGUGAAUGCCGGGCAUCUCGGUUCAUGUAGGGAGGAUGCGAUGUGCUCAAUGACAAACAUCUUGUCGCCUUUUUAGGUCCACCAGGUCACCCACCCACAGAGUCCCAUUAUCGGAAUUAAUGUAGCAUGAAGAAGCAAUAUGUGAAUUUUUUUCCCACGUGACUAUACUGAGCAUCCUUUAGAUGCUCCCCCAGGGUAGCAAUUCUGUCCUUGUACUCACUGGGGUAAUUUGUCAGGUGACUGAUCCUCCUUACGGAUGAGUUAGGCUGGCCCGCAGAUCCAGCUGUGACUCAUGAGUCGUGUGUGAGAUACAGGAAUCUGGGUGAUGUGUGGAGUCUCAAAUUCUUUGACCUCUAGUCCUUCCCUUCUACCUUUUGGGCUGCCUGGGCUGUGUUUCAUAGAGAUGAAAUGUCCCUUGCCAAUAACUUUCUAUCACCUAACUCUUUGCUUUUGAAACACAGGGUUUCUCCAGGCCACUGCCUCCUGGCAUUCUGACCCCAGCCCUCUAGACACCCCCGCAAGCUUCCCUUUUCUCUGAGCUACGCUGAGCUCCUCUAAGCCCAGCCAGGGGCCUUUCUGCUCACAGGGCUGUGCCCUGAGCUUCAUUCAGACCCAGGGUUGGCCUGACACACAGAGAGAGACCUUUCUAGGCUGGGGUCUCCACGGAUGCUUGAGAAACUGGGACCAGGCUGCCUACAUGCCCCUGACCUCUGAUGGCAGAGGAGAGAGAACGUUCAUGUUAAAAGGAUCAUUCUUUUCUUCUUUGGUUUUUGAACAAUUUAAGCAUGACCUGAGUCUAUGAAAGUAACUGAUUUCAGCUGGUUGAGUAGCAUUGAAUUUAUCUGAAAAAAAAUUCCAUCAGAAAAUGGAUAAAUUGACCACUUGCAUUGUCUCAGUGACCUGGUACCCCAAACUCCUGUCUCUCCAGGAGUUGCCUGGUGUAAGCGUAAAGCCACUGACCACAACAGAACAGGGGCGUUCUAGAAUCUGAUGGGACUGGAGAACAAAGGGGAGUGAAUGAAGUGCUUCUGGUUCUAUUUGAAAGGAGAUCCUUGGAGUCUGUUUUAGAGUUUGCCAGUACUUUGUAUGAGCAGAAAAAGACUUCUUUAUCUCUACUCCAAAUAAUUUUUUCCUAGUUGGUUGGGCCUUUUUGAUUCGCAAGAAGAAUAUUCGUUUUGUGUAUGUAAAGAUUUUAAGAAUUUCCAUUGGGAACAGCAAGUCGUUUUUCAUUUUAUUUCAAUUCACUGCAUUCUCCCUUCUCUUUGGGGCUGGAGAUGAGCUUUACAGCGGACACUAGCACUUUGAAAUGGACGCCUGCAUACUUUAGAGGUGGCAGGGUAGUUUCAGACUUGAAGUUAGUGUGAGGUUAGCGAUGGAUCUGCCUACUCCAGAUGUACUUGCUUUGAAAGUUCAGAGCUUCCUGUGCAGAAAGUGAGGUGAUGACAACAGACGAGGCUGGAUAUUCUUGUUUGGUUUUUAGGAUUAGGACUUUAACUCCUACCAGGUGGAAGCAUAAUCAGUGAAGCAGUGAUACGGUGAAGCUCUGAGAUGCUGUGGUCUGAGCCGCACUAAGGGGUAUCUGGUAAAACUAAUACCGCCUUCUCUUUGCACUCAGGGGUUCCUCCUGACUGCAGGGAAUGGCUCAGAUCUGAUGCCAAGACUCAGCUGGCAGUGCCCUGAGCCAUGUUUUAUGGGGGCCACUUAGUAUUGUGUCAAUAUGGUUGGGAUGUUUAUUGCACUUGGAAAGCAGCUGUUUAUUUGAGCUAGAGGAAAGGAAACUUCUAGAACUCCCAUUUCUUCACCCUGCAUUGUGUCAGUUCCAGGAUAUGUUUGUAGGUCACCAGGCUCAACUAAGGUACAUAACCUGCUAUCUUUAGGAACCAAAAUCUAUUCCUGAUAAGCAUGGAAAACUCAUGCCACAUGAAAGAAAACUUCUAAUAGCUCCCUAUCUUGGGAGCAUUAAAACCCAGAUGCCAACAGUUGGAAAGUCCCAUCUCUGGGUUGCGGUCUCUCAGUAACACAAUCAGCACUGUUAAUAGCGCAUUGAUCAUUCAGGGAGUCCCCAUUCUGGACCCAAACACCAUCCGAGGGGCUGGGAGGUGGUAAGGAGGGGCCUGCCUUUGUGGCUUUCACAGACUAAUUGUAGCUCUAACUUUAAGUCAUUUGAAUAACAGCCAGUGCUUGUAAAAAUUCAUCUCCACCUCCAAGUAAUUAUUUCAGUGACAUGCAGGUUCAGUCAAUUCCUCCACUGAAAGGAACCCUCUUUAAUCUGGCCUCGGGGAACCAGAAAACACCCACAUAAUAACUUGUUCAACACUAUGUGUGGUUGUCAUAUUUCAGGGUAAAUUUGCCCCUACUGUAUGUCAGGGUGUUUUGUGAGUCAUUUUUUAAUAAGAUUUUGUUCUACUUUCUAUACCAGCCUACAAUGUUAAAAUCAUCUAAGAGAGUGAGUAUUUUAGGAUUCAAAGCCCACCAAAUAAACUGUUCAGAAGUGGGCUUACGUGGUCAGCCUUGAAAAAAGUUGAACGUUUCUCUGAUAUUUACUGAGAAUUAUCCAGUAACCAGGGUUUCUUUUUAUGCAGUGGAAAGAAUGCAUAGUUUUCUUCUAGGAACUCUGGUUUUGUACUUUUUUCAUUGAAAAGAAUAACAUUCCUAUGCGGCGGUGUUCCUAAAACUAUGUUCCUUUGCAUUUUUCCUCUCAUACUCAAACCCCUUAUUUCCUCCCGUUUCUCUGUCUAAACAGAAUGGGGCCUGGAGCAAAGAGGGUGAUGCAGGAGCCGGAGAAGGGCUGGGUGCUGGUGGAGGCUUUGCAGUGCCUGGUUGAGGAACCAGCAGCUGCCGUUCUACCCACUGUCACCGCUAGGGGGCGAUCUCCCUGUUGGAAACUUGCAGGUCCCACUGGCGGAUCCCUGGGCGCUGGCUCCACCUACUGAAGCUCCCGGGCAUUGCUCUCGUGUAAAUCACGGAAGAACUUGCUGGGUCUGGGACGGAAGGGGGGGUGGGUAGUUAGAAGCGGGCGUGAGACUCGAACCCAGCACCCCUGGGGUACCUGGUGACACCUUGCCUUUCUCUCCUGCUGGGGUUGGGGCUAUAAGGGGUUCUUAGCCUUCCUGCCUUUUUCUGCAUCUGUUUUGAUGAAGGCCCCUGAGAUUCAUCCCUGCAGGGGCCUUAGGUGCAAGUCGGAGGUGUCCCCCCACUGCUGGGCUGACGCGGGACAGGUGCACUGGGUGAGGCACCCUCUCCCCAAGAAGGGUUCUAGAAGUAAGGUCCCCUCUGCUUGGAUUGGAUAGCAGAGUCUCUACUUGGAGACUAUGACUUCUGGGAUUUCAGAUGUAAAGGAACUGUUGGGGCCAUGCAGAUCAUUGCAUUGUGUGUGUGUGUGUGUGUGUGUGUGUGUGUGUGUGUGUGCGUGUGCACCGGGAGGAAUGAGUGGCUAUGUGGAUUGAACAGGAAAACAGGUUGGUCUGACCCUCCCAGUGUCACACUCAGGACCCGCUACCUAAUUUGUGGGAUGAGUGCAAAAUGAAAGUGUGAGGUCCCUUGUUCAAAAUUAUGAAGAAUUUUGAGGUGAUGACAGCAGAGAAUUAAACCAAGAGCAGAACCCCUUAAGCACAGGGUCCCAUGUGACUGCACAGGUCGGACACCCGUGAAGCUGGACCUGGUCACACUGUAUUUUCAGUUGAUUUUUGAAGCAAGUGGGGCUUCAUCUUUGGCUUCUUACUUUGUAAAGGCACAAAUGGUCUGGACCAAUCACAGGGUACAGGACCCGAGCCCCUAGCUGACAGAUGCGCCUGGUCUCCGGGCUCCCAGUCUAGGGCAGGCUGCCGUGUGCCAAGAGGCCUCCAAGCCUUUACCAUUUAACCCACUGAUUUGAAAUAAAACCCUUCCUUUUAGUCGUUAGUCAUCCACUGGGGGCUUGUCUCCUCUUUGUUGGCAGGACAGGGAGGACUUUCCAGCCUCUGCCUUUCAAGUGACCAUCCAGGUGAUGGUAACAAGAACGCAGAGCUGGCGGGGGUAGGGUAGUGCCCAGUGCCCCUUCCGCUGGGGCUGGACGCUGCUCCUCCAGCUCCACUCCCUGGAGAGAGGGAAGCCAGCUGCCGCCCUGCCCAGGCUGGUCCCUGGCUCCACAGGUGUCCGGAGGGCUCCCGCUUCAGAGGGGCAGCGGCGUCCCAGCUGGGCUCUCCCCCAUGGGAUCCCAUCCAUGAGCAGGGUGAUGUGAGGGGAGAGGAAAGACCCCACUGCGUGAGUAGCCUCGAGUUCUAGAAGACCACGUGCCGGGGAGGCAGCUGACCAUGGAGUUGCCCCUCCUGCCGUGUGGUUAUUGUUACUUUCUUUCUCUAGCGUUUUCUAGCACUCGGCUGGAUGCUCCAAAACCUUUGCACUUCUGCUUUGUCUUUGCAAAUCGAUUUCACGUCUACACACACAGAGCAAUAAUCCCGUCUAUGUUUCCCGAUUCUGUCUGGGAUUAUAAAGGUUGCUAAGUAAAAAUGUUGACAGAAAGUUGAACAGAGAUAUCAAAUUCAUCUUGCAUGGAUUUGAUGGUGUCACUUUGAACGAAAUAGCAAAUUAUAGCUUUGUUUCUACGUGUAUUGCCGUCAUCCAGACUACUGAAAGUUCAGAAGUGUUUUCUAGAGGCAUUUAAUUAAUAUUGUGUCAACGUUAGUUUUCAUGAAUGAACAUUUUGGUGUACAUUUUACAAAUCAACACCCUUAUAAUGUCAUCUGCUAAAUAUUCACUAUUGGAAAGUAGAUAUUCUAGCAAGAUCUUUGGUAAUGAUAUUUAUUUUAACACAUGCAUUUAAAACAUACAUUGCCAAUAGCCCAAGUGUCUUUGAACUGUAAAACCAACUUCAGAUCUUGUCUGCUGAAGCCCAGCAGGCUGAGGUCUGUACCCUCCUGGCCCACUUCUUUUACCCCUUCAUAAAAGGGGUAGAUAGACAACUUGGCAGUCAUACAAUUCAUGUCCUAUUGCCUUAGCUACAUCAACUUUGUACCUUCACAUCUAUAGGUGGUCAAUAUAUGUGUAAAUACAUGUAAACAGAUGAGAAUCUGCAACAAAAAUGUCCUGUGUGUGAUAAUCAGUUCUUAGCUUCCGAUUUUCUGCGUUUUAUACAGUUUCCAGCUAAGAAAAAUGCAGAAUUCCACUAAAUAAAGUGAAAAAGUUAUGCUCUUUAAAUGCUUUGUCCAGAAAUCUCUGCUGUAUGUUUAUGGGAAUGUCCAUGACUAAAUGUACAUAUAGUGUGUAAGAGGCUAUGGUUAAAUGUUGCAUAAACUAACACAGAUUCUGUAGUUAUAAAUAUUUAACUUGUUAUUGUAAAAUGUGAUUUGUCAUUGAGAGAUUAUUUUUCUGUAUGUAUAUGAGAGUAUUUUAGGAAUCUAAUUUAAGUGCAUAAAACUAUAGAAAAAAAAAUUAAAAACCUAUCCCAGGAGUAGAAAAUACUUAAUCAGAUUACUUGGGUUCAACCCAACUAAAUUUCUUAUAUUAAAAAGAAAAUCCGAGUUGCAUACGUUAGAAAUUCAAAGAAGUCAUUUUUGAGGGGCAUAGAAUGUGAUGAAUUUAAAUAAAGUGGGUGGUGUUGUGAUAAACUGAUAAGUACCUUCUAGCCAUGACCUUGGAUGAGACCCAGGUAUUUCAUUAAACAGGUAGGACAGGAGGAUUGAGAGCCUGUUUCCCAUCAGAUCCGUGUGAUGUGCUCCAGAAGCCUCCAUGGGUUCUGGCUGAUUGGUCAGGAAUCUUGGGUGGACCUAACCAUCCUUCUAGAGAAUUCCUGACGUGGGAGGGAGGCCACCCCCUGACCCACCCUGGCUCACCCUUUGCAGUUCUCUUUCUGGAGAGAUUCAGCACAUCCCUUUGGUGUUUGCAUUUUCCAUGAAAUUUCCUGGGGCAUCCUCACCGUCUUCACCUAUGGCACUGCUGGGUGGGUUGAAGGAUGAAGUUUGGGGCUUUCUGGGUUAAGCUGUUUCUGGCACACAGAACAGGCAGCACAGAUCAGCCUCCUAGGUGCCUGUGUCCAUGAUGGAGACCCCUGGGCAAGAGGCCUUCCUCUUUUUCCCUGUCCCAGAAAAGGGUCAGAGGUCCAGGCUACAUCUGGGGCACAGACUUUUUAUACUUUGCUACCAGAAAUGUCCCUGCAGGCCACCUAGGGAGGGAUGGAAUGCAAAAUCCUGUGAAACUCAAGGUCUAAACCCCUGAGAGGUGCAUUCGGAGGUCAUUUCAGGAGGUGGCAACCCCGUGAGUUCAACCCCUCCCUUAACAAGCUGGGAAUGAUCCGGUGGCGAAAAUAGCCAGUUCCUGGUGAUCGGGGGGUGUUGCAUAUGGAUCAACAUUUGUGGAAAGUUGAGGGCCUUGGCUUGAAAGGACAAAUGGGGAGUGCGUGCCUUCGGUUUUCAACAAGCUGUGUGCUUCCUAAUGCUGUCAACCAACAGUCAAAGUCCUUUUUCGACAUGCCUGAAAUUGGCAAAUGCUGGAGUCCAAGUGACCUCCUGGGCUUCAGGGGUGUGGGGAGCUGUGAUUUCUGGAAGCUUCCUGGAAUCUCUUGUCAUAUGAGUAAUCUGCAAAUCACCUUGAGGAACUGUCCAUGUGGAUGUAACUGACUUUAUUUCCAAACAUGGAGCUGUUUAGAGAUCUCUUUGUUCAAGGUGGCCAGGGAAGGCCAUCUAAAGCCAGCCAGCAGAAGUGGACAAGCUCCGGUCCACUCACCCAGAAUAAGUCCUGACCUUCUUCCUGGGCACCAAGCCCUCGUGGCUGGUGUGGCAAGAGAGCUGUGAGUGGGAAUGAGUCAGCCAGUCAACCGCCCUUUGGGCCCUGGUUGUUCCAAAAGUCUGGGGUCAAGAAAAGCCAGAGAAUGUGGGGUCCUGCCCAGUAGUGACUGCUUGAAGCCAUUCCACUUAGCCUUCGUCCGUUUAGAAAAGAAUGUAUCAAUCCUGACAUGAGUCCUUUGUGUUUCCAGUGACAAAUGGGUCACAGUGCUGGUGGCAUAUUGCUCCCCUUACAGUCCUGCCCAGGGGUGGGACUAAGCCACCCCGAUGGACGUCCUGUUGACUGUAAUAUACUUCUGUUGCCAAAUAAUGGUACUGUUCAAUUUCCCAUCAAAGGGAGACUAUAUUGUUUGAUGUGUAAUGUCAAUGGAGUUCCAAAAAUUACUAGACACUAUUAUAAAUUGUAGAAUUAUGUAUUUGUCUAAGGUUUGAUGAAGCAGGGCCAAAACAUUAGGUUUCUUUUUUGUUUGAAAGAGGCUGAGGUUAGUUUUGCUGUCUGAGCAUUCCUUUGGCACCUUAUUAUGUAAGAAAUGUUAAAUUUUACUGAUCAAGAUUAUGAUAACGGAGUUUUUUGGGUUUUUUUUUCUUCUUUAAACCAGUAGCAACAUCAAUACAGAUGGCUAUUCCUGUGUAUCUUGAAUCUAAAAAGAAGAAUCUCUUCCAAACAACUCUUUGGUCAUUUUGACCUGUAUGGUUUAAAUUCACAUAGUUCAUGAA